AUGAGUCUGAGAUCGGAGUUUGCGGGUGUGGUGUUGAAAAUUUGCAAACUGACGCAUCGACAGCAUACCCAAGCCUCGAAGUGGACUCGAGGACUGACUCUAAGUUCGCAUGAGAAGCAAGCGCUGGUAAACGAACCGCCGGAAGGACCACAACUUCCGGCGGCUGACCUAAAGAGCCUGCCGGCGCAGAUCAACCGAUCUCCGCCUAACAAGGAUGGCGUUCUCAAGGGGACCAGAUUAGCCGCCAUGGACCCUCGGAGUGGUGGAGAUAUUUUUCUAUACCACCAAAAUUGGCAAUGCCAGCCUGCGCUAUAUCACUUCGAGCCCAGAACGCGUGUGGCAGGAACUCUCCCACUCGACGAUGCGAUGCUGCAUACUCCGAUCGCAAGCACAUAUACUGAUUCCAACGGCAUUAUAACUUGGUGGCUAUUCUACUUGGAUAAGUCGAACGUGAUCCAAAAUAUCUACUCACGGGGUAAUCCCACAGACUGGCAGAGGGGCAAUAUUGGCAGUAAACGGUACACUGUCCCCGCUCAGAGCUCCAUUGCCUUCGAAGAAGAUGACAGGUGGAGUGAUGGCUCCGUCUUCCCUAACACAGAUGGCCACGGUGGCGCAUCCGUAUGGUCUCUAAACAGCUACGCUUAUCUAUUCACACUCCGCAACACCCAGACGAUUGAUCUCUGGUGGCAAGACUACAACAGCCAGAGCGUAGACAGGAACAGCUGGCAACUGGGGCCCUCAAGCCAUGCCGUCGUCAUGGCGAACGCGAGCAUGUGUGGGCAAUUUGCCUUUGCAUACCAGGGCGCCAAGGAGUGGAUUCAAGGUAACAAUUUCACGGGAACGAGGCCAGAGUUGGUACGGUGAGAUACAGCGUAUGAUAUUGUUGGUGGAGGAGGAGGAGGUAGUGACGAGGUCGGUGAUACUGCUGCCGCUGCUGCGAUGGACGGUAUACAGCGUUGAGCUGUUGGUACCUUUUUCCGUCAGACGAGAAGGAGGUACAUACAUACAAUGUUUCAUGUAUUUUAUCAGUCGGAGAGAGGGGAGGUAAGAGAAGCGAAGAGGUACUGGGAGGUAGAUAAUGCUACUGGUACCGGGGACAUGGCAUUCUAGCAAAGUGCCUAUUAGAUAGCAGCUUUUCCAAUAAUAAAUAGGGAUAGAUGGAGGAAAGUUACAGCUCUUGGGCGGGUCGGUCCUUGUAUGAGCCACUUUAAUAUAUGUAUUUUAUUUGUUUUCUACUCCGUAUAUCAGGAUGUAUAUCUACAGAGCAUUGUUCAGGGGCACCUUAUACUCUGUGAUCAACGGCUGCACUAUUCUGC